AUGAUGUCCGGAAGCAGUCAGAUAUUUCAGCCGUCUACUGCGCCAUGCGAUCUACGUCCAACUUCUCCCCUAGGUGAUCACGAUGGCACGGAUGUCAUGAGCCGGUUUCCGAACCUGCCAAAGUUGGCGGAAACAGUUGGCAAACUGCCUUUGUCUCAUGAACUUUACAAGCGGUCUUCGAAGGCUGAGAAUUUUAAAACCACCAAGAGACGCCUGUCUCUUGAAACUCUUGAGUUGAUACGUCAGCGUGGAGCAGCACGAGCCGCGGGGAACCAAGAACUCACGUCCGAGCUCGCAAGGCUUUGCAGAGAGGCGAUAAAGGAAGACCUUAAAGAGAGAAGAGCAGAAGUGCUGGCUGAAGCUGCAGAGGCGGGGAAAAGCAUCCGCUAUGCCCGCCAAGACUUCGCCAGUCGCAAGACGAGGAUGACUGCUCUCCGGAACCCAAAGGGAACAGCCAUUGCAUCGAGAAGGGGGAUGGAGAAAAUCAUCUACGACUUCUACUCUGAUCUCUUCGACAGAGUCCACUUGCUUCCUCAUCAUCUGAGGGAAGACGGACAAGUCAUUCCAGAGAAUAAGACCAGAACACCUGAAGAGCCUUCCGCCAGUACUCAUCAACACCCUGGCGAGGCUCUUUACACGUUAUCUGUUGGAAUGCAAGGGCGGCCAUGCGAGCAAGCAGGGUUUCGAAAAGGAUUCAGCACGAUUGAGCACAUUCACACUGUUUUGAAACUCAUCGAGGUAUCACGAGAGUACAAGAUAUCGCUCUGUCUCACCUUCAUCGACUUGAAGAAGGCCUUUGACUCAGUUGAGACGGAAGCGGUCGUGGAAGCCUUGGACAACCAAGGCGUCCCUACUCAGUACAUAAAGGUACUUCUAGAGUUGUACAGUAACUUCACGACCGGAAUUUCGCCAUACUACAAGAACAUCAUCAUUGACGUGAAGAGGGGGUUCCGACAGGGUGAUACAAUUCCACCCAAAAUAUUCACAGCCACCCUCGAGAACGCAAUGCGAAAGUUGGAAUGGGACGACAUGGGAGUGAAGGUUGAUGGUCGGCAGCUACACCAUUUGCGCUUUGCUGAUGACAUGACUGAUAACACCUAG